AUGGGGGCCUGGGGCGACGGCAAUCAGGAUGGGCGCGGUUCUCCGCUUGCCGUUAGUCGCACAGUUGGUAGCGCGAGCCUGAUUAAUGCCAUGGCUGAGCCGAGCAGCUCUACGGGGCUGCCAGCUAGCAAUGUGCCGGACAGCUCCGGGACGACGACAGCGGCGACAGAAGUGGAAGCCGGCUCAGAUCCGUUGGCGAACCAGGCAGCGGCAGGGACCUCACCGGAUCAUGCGGCUUGGCAUCGAGAUGCGACGUGGUGGCGAGGAGACUGGUCAGAUCAGCAAUGGUCUGGAUAUCGCUGGAGGGGAUCAGAUUGGAGUACUCCAGUCUGGGGGAACCAGUGGUGGUCAGGCUCCGAUGGCGCUGGCGUGGCAACUGACCAAGGCAGGCAGAUGCGGCUUUUGAUCCGUGGGCGAUUGCUGCACGGGCUCCGAGUGCAGGAUCGGGAUCCGCUCCGGGUCAAGGAACGACCGGGCAUCAAUCCGGCUACCAAGGCGGCUGGUCACAAGGCGGCUGGGGAUCCUCGUGGGUGGUCCCAUCGAAGAUACUGGGUCCAAGCCAUCCGGCGUUGGGACAAGAUGACGGAUCUGCCAUUGGGCAGACGCGCCGAGAAGGUGUUGAGGGGGCUCGGCUGGGAGCUUCAACCCGAUCUGGAGCACAUCCCAGAGCACGUGCUCAGCUCAGGCGGCUAUCUCGACGCGAUCUUGGCCGUUAUCGACAUGAAGGCGGGUGUCCGAGAAGAUGAUGAGAAGAGGGAGGCGUUCAGAAGCUUGUUUUAUCAAUCUCAACGGCGUCGUGAAGAGACGCUGGCCCAAUACGCGAUGCGCAAGCAGCAAGACUUCCUGAAAGCCUCUACCUUCGGCAUCGCCGUUCCUCCCGGAUUGCAGGUGAUGCUGAUGCGGGAAGGAGCUCUUCUCUCGGACCAGAACCAGCAGAAUCUCACGGCCCUGCUGCAAGGGCAAGAUGAGGACCCACACGUGGUGGCGAAGUGGCUCAGCAGAAUGGAUGUGCGGGCCGAUCGGCUGCAUGGCUUCGCCGAGGACGAGCCCCUCGGCGAUGGCGGAGAGCUCAACGCGUACGGCGAGGAGGAGGACAUCCCCGACGAGUCGGACGACCUCGAGGAUGCCGCGGUGCUGGCGGAGUUGGACGGCCUCGACCUCUCCGAAGACCAGGUGAACGAGGUCUUCGCGGUGAUUGAGCAGCACAAGAAGAAGAGGACGUGGAAAGAGAACAAGCUUUAUAAGGCCGAGCUGCGCAAGGAUCGAGGCACCAUCUCCAAGGGAGGCGAUCGAGGCUAUCAUCAUCGUGGCGGUGCGGGCUCCUCUGGCUCAGGAAAUCGUCGAGGGCAGCUGAGUCGUGACGAGCUGAAGAAGAUCAGCAAGUGCAGGCUCUGCCACAAGAAGGGCCACUGGGCUGAGGACUGCCAUCUCAACCGGGACAAGGGCAAGGACAAAGGGGCUCCUUCGGGCUUUUGCUACGCGCCGGGGCCGACUGGGGGCUCAGGAGCUGGGUCAGGCUUCUCCUUCUUGUCCUUGGAGGAGAUCCAUCGUGCCGUCACGGUGGCCAAGGAGCGACUUGGUAAUCAGGGAGCAGAUGGCAGCUGGACCUUCUUGUCUCUGAAGGCCGGAGAGGCUAUCCUCGAUAUCGGCGCCACUCAGGACCUGAUUGGCAACACGGCUAUGCAGCAGCUUACGCGAGAGCUGAGCCAGCAAGGUCUCCGUCCAGUGACUGUGGACGUUCCGGUUCCUUCUCCAUCCGGGAUCGGAGGAGCCGCUAAGGUGCUGAAGGUGAUGCUUGUACCCAUUUCACCGGCUGGGGCUCCUGGUAUUCUUCAGAUGACGGUUCUUGAAGAGAACAUCCCUCCGUUGCUGAGCGUGGGCUUCCUUGAGUUUUUGAAAACGUGCAUUGACCUCGAAGAGGAUUCCGUAUCCUUCCGUCGGCUCGGAGUCAAAAUGUCUCUGACAAGGCAGCCUUCCGGCCACCGCACGAUCCCACUGACACAGUGGGGAGGCGGCCGCUUCCCUGUUCCCGAGGAAAUCCUCAGGAAGUACAAGGUCAGCGCAGACGCAUUCCAUUGUCAGUUGAGCACAGUUCUGAAUCAGUUUGUGUGGACGAUGUGGCGAGCUCUACGAUUCAUGCCCCCUCGCGACCCGGAGAGAGGCACUCAGCUAUGGAGGGUGAUGGUGCAGCGAAUGUUGUUUGUGGUCGAGGCGGCCCGGAUCUCCUACAUGAGGCUCAUCCUGUCGGAGCGAGCGAAGUCUUCCAAGUCCGAGCGCCGCAAGUACUUGGAGAACCCCUCGCACGAGCCUGCGAGCUGCCUUCAUCCUGUGGAUCGCCAUCUCCGCCGUGGGAAUCAGUACGGUUCCUGGAAGGUGUGCGGGGUGUGCGGUGCGAGGCUGGAGUACCACAAGCGCUCCAAAGCGAAGGCGAAGGCGAAGGGGCGAAGUCAAGCAGCCAGCAGCGUGGCAGCCCCGGUGAUGGAUCCCGAGCAGGUGAUGGAGAGGCCCAGUCGCUCUCGUGGGAGCGAGGGCUAUCGCCCAAUGCGGGCGGCGGGGCAAGGCUCCUUGGAGGCGGAGACUCUGUCCACCAUGCAGGCGAUGCUGAAGAGCUUCCAGGACCAGAGCAGAGUGGUGUCUCAGGCCAUGGGAAACAUCAGCAGAUCUCUCGAGGAGCUGUCCAAGGGGCAAGGUCAGCUUCUGCUGAUGGCGCAGGACUCGCUGGAGAAGCCCAUAUGGCGAGCAUGGCGGGACGACGACCCAGAUCUCGACGAGCCACGGUGGAUGAAGGUGGAGAAUCCCAACGAGCAGUCUCCCGUUCAGGACUAA